GGAAGACGGCGAACUGCGUCGUUGAUUCCCAGUUCAUGAAUUGUGUAUUUUAUCAUAAUUCCUAAAUUAUACCUUUGUAGCAGUCCCGGCAGAAUGUCGAUGUCCACAUUUCAAAAGGUUACGCUUGUGUCAUGUCUCGUUCUCUGUGCCUCUCUGCUCCUCCCAAAGAUGCUUUUAUCCAGAGGGAAGAAGGAAGUAGGGCAGCCAGAGGCUGGGCAGGGGCGGUUUCCUCCCAUGAUGCACCGGCAGCAGAUGCCUGAUGGCCAGUGGGGGGCAGCGUCUCCCUACUCCAAGGCUCACAGCGCUGACGCCAUUGCCAAAGCGAAGGGUGGAGGGAUUGGAGGAGGGGGCAAAUCCAAUCUCAUGGGGCAGAUUAUUCCCAUCUACGGGUUUGGGAUCCUCCUCUACAUCCUGUACAUCCUGUUUAAGAUCACAUCCAAGGGUAAAAUUACAAAGCCAGAGAACAGAUUCCCUGCUUUGAAGUCUGAAAACAUGAAGAGAAAAAUAACUGAUUAUGAGCUGACUCAGCUGCAGGAGAAACUGAGGGAGACGGAGGAGGUGAUGGAGAGGAUUGUCUCCAAAGCAGGCCAUAGUCCCAACAGGAUAAAGAGUGUGUCCGUGGAGCACGAGGAGAAGCUCCUGCAGCAGCUGAAGGAGAUCACCCGAGUGAUGCAGGAGGGGAAGCUGAUCGAGGGGAUGGACGGGGUCUCCCCCGAAAUGGAGGCCGAGGAGGCGUCCUACACCGAGGACUGGGAAGGGUACCCUGAGGAGACCUACCCUCAGCAUGAGGAGUCCUGCAGCAGGCAGAACUACGACACCGUCGUCCUGGAGGACCCCAAAACGGACCUGCCCACCCCCGAGGAGCUGGCCGAGAGAAUGGAGGAGGAGCCCGAGGGGGCGGAGAUAGAGCAGGAGGAGGUGGAGCCACAGCCGGAGGUCCAGUGCCAGAACGGUGAGGGAGAGCGGACGCGGCCUCGGCACAGGGGAGGGAAACAAAUCAGCUUCAGGGAGCAGAGGGAUGUGUAUCGCUACCCCGAGGAGGGAACCACUGACGAGUACAACAACGAGGAGGCAGGGGAGCAGACAGAGGAGGAAGAGGAGGAGGAGGAGGAGGACCCUGUGGUGCUGGCCGAGAGACUCAGCUUUAGCGGCCAGGUAUCCAGCCCAUCACCUGACCUGGAGGACGCGGAGGGGGAGAAGGAGGAGGAAGAGGAGGAGCUCUUCCUUAUGGACGAGUGCCAGGAGAGAGACAGGAGGCGCGAGUCCGACCUCCUCACAGGGCUGGGCCUCGCUGCGCUCAGAAAACGCGGCAAGAAGGAGGGCGAAUGAAAACCCCGCAGAGAUAAACCCGCACGUUUCCCCAGACGUCGACCUUUGACCUCCUCCUAGUUCUCCCUUUGACAUUAUGCAGCCUUUCUGACCCAGCUGGCUGCAGUCUCUUAACCUGCCUGUGCAUGUAAACAUUAGGUUUGGCUUCCUGUUCGCAGGUGACAGAUCGCAGCCACACUGUAAGAGUUUCUAUUUCCUCCUCAGGUGACAGUGGCAUGGUGUGUGUAUGUGAGAGGGAGUGCGAGUACAUUUGAGAUUGAUGGUGUGCAGGUCCAGUAGAGGGAGGUGAGGUGUAUGCAGUACCUAGGCUCUCCUUUGGGGGCAGUGUUUAACCUUUUGUUUCUCCCCAGCCACUGCUUGUGUAGUGCUGGGCAUCCCAGCCCUGAUCCUGGUAGCCUGCAGGGUCUUUACAUCCACAUCCGGAUGUGAGAUCUUACCUGGUGAUUGACUGACCCAACAGUACAGGCAAGUUAAAGGCAUACUGUGCAGGAUUUUAGCCUUGCUGUGGUCUUGUGUUUACAAUCAAAGUCUCCUCCUCUGUCUUCAACCCCACCCACUCACCUCCGUUUCAUAUUUUAUCUUUUUAAUUCCAUUAUUAUUUUUAUAUCUCUGUUUUUUUCGAUAGCUGUCAGCAUCAAGGAAAAGCCACUCAGAUUUUUGGAUGUGCCCUGUUUCUCUUCACUCUCUGAUGACGUAACCCUCAAAUUCAGAAUAACAUUGUUCAAACGGGUAACAUGGUCGUCUAUGAAACCUAUGGAACACUGGAGAGGGCGAGGUUCAAAUCUCACCUCCGACUCAGGCAAAUCUCGUAACUCAUUUCAUAGCAUAACAUAAUGGCAAGAACAGGCAAUUCAGCCCAGCAAUGCUCACCUUCUCCUACCACUAAAGUGUACCUAAUGCUUAGUUUACCUAAAGCUGGACAUUAUCAACUGUAGCGCCGUAUCAAGCAUGAUCUUAAAAACCCAGACAUUCUGCCUCCACUAUAUGCCCUGGGAGGCUAUUCCACACAGUGACCACUUUCUGUGUGAAAACAAUAACCUGUAUUUUCAAGGUAAAAAUCCUGCAUAGUAUGCCUUUACAUUUGUAAACAACUGAUUUAAGGGACAAGUUGAGUGCUUAGUUACAGUUGACUCUAGUAGACUGAUUGGCUCUCCAUGACUGGGUACUUCUGUUCAAGACUGGACACUGCAUCACUGUGUGUUGGCUUUUUAUCGAACACUUCCUUAGCUUUGUGCAAGAACUUUAGAAAACACUGUAAACAUAUCAGUAAUUUAUUUAUUUAAGUGUGUAAGAUCACACAACUAAAAAAAUUGUGCAGGGACAGGAUUUUUAUUUUUAAAUAAAAAUUGUUAUCCA